ACGCGGGUGUUAUUAUCUUCCACACCCACUUCUUCCCAGUUCCCAUUUCAUAUCAUUUAAUUUCUUUCACUCCACGGAAAUUUUUCCUUUCUUUUCUCUUUUUUCAGUCUUUUCUCUGUUUUUUCUGUUCCUCUUUAACGUUGAUCAUUAUCCUCCUUUUCUUCAUUAUAUAUAAUAUACUACAAGCUCCAAUUUUUCUCAUCUGGGGUUCUCCAUCAACUUCACUUUUUGGAUUAUUCCCUUCUUUCCCUUGAGCUUCUUUAUAAGCUUCAUGAUUACAAAAUGAAGUGUUUCUUCUUCAAAGAUAAAUCCAAAUCUGCCCCGGAAUUGCAGAACCAAGGCAAGAAGAAAAACCCGGUUUUGAAUCGCCCAACAAACUCCACAGGCUCAUUAUCAUCACCAAAGAGCGUGAAGGACUUGUACAAUGAGAAAGAACACAACUUCAGAGUUUUUACUUUUCAAGAGCUAAGAGAUGCUACCAACGGUUUCAACAGGAUGCUGAAGAUUGGAGAAGGGGGUUUUGGGAGUGUAUAUAGAGGAUCCAUUAGGCCUCAAGAUGGAAAAGGUGAUCCAAUUGUAGUUGCUAUAAAAAGGCUUAACCCUCGUGGCUUCCAGGGUCAUAAAGAAUGGCUUGCAGAAGUUCAAUUUCUCAGCAUUGUUAGUCACCCAAAUUUGGUUAAGCUUUUGGGAUAUUGCUCAGUAGAUGGAGAAAGAGGAAAACAGCGGCUGUUGGUGUAUGAGUUCAUGCCCAACAGGAGCUUGGACGAUCACCUCUUCAACAAAGCUCUUCCUCCCCUGCCUUGGAAAACAAGAUUGGAGAUCAUGCUUGGUGCUGCUCAAGGAUUAGCUUAUCUACAUGAGGGACUGGAGAUUCAGGUGAUCUACCGAGAUUUCAAAUCUUCAAACGUUCUUUUGGAUGCGGAUUUCCACCCAAAGCUCUCAGAUUUCGGUCUUGCUAGAGAAGGUCCACAAGGUGAUAAGACUCAUGUUUCUACUGCGGUAGUUGGGACACAAGGAUAUGCUGCACCAGAGUACAUUGAAACAGGUCAUCUCAAAGUUCAAAGUGACAUGUGGAGUUUUGGUGUUGUACUCUAUGAGAUACUCACAGGAAGGCGUUCAUUGGAAAGAAGCCGUCCAACAGCAGAACAAAAGCUACUAGAUUGGGUUAAACAAUAUCCUGCUGACAGUAGCAGAUUCAACAUGAUAAUGGACCCACGUCUCCUGAACCAAUCAUAUUCUCUUGGUUCAGCUCGCAAAGUUGCCAAGUUGGCUGAUAGCUGCUUGAAGAAGAAUCCAGAAGAUAGACCAUCCAUGAAUCAGAUAGUGGAAAGCUUGAAGCAAGCAUUGCUAUGUUCAGAAACAUCAAACACUUCUCAAAAUGCUGCCGAAUCAUCUCGGUCUAAAUUGGUUCGAAAAGGUAAAUAGAGAGAAGUGGAUCCUCUCGUGUGUUAUUUAAUAUGACCAUGUCUUGUGAUAGGAUCCUAACCAUGAGCAGUUAUAAUUCUCUAAUUACAUGAUAUGAUCAUGUUAAAUAACACGUGAGAUGAUUCAUUAUAUAAAGGGAUGUGAGUUUUUUGGACUGGGAAAGUUGUCAGUUAAACAUAAGUUGAAUAGAUAUAUCUUCUAUAUACCAUCAAGCAGUUCUGGUCAAUCUUAGAAGUUAGAUUUUGAAGAAUUUUCCUUUCUACAGAUCUGCAUUUGAAUUUUCUGGUUUGUUUGGUCCAGUUCAACAGAGCCAAGUCCUUUCUCUAUUUUGUCAACCAUUGCCUUUUAUUAUAGAGUUUAAAUUUGAUUGUAGAGUAUUUUCUAUUAAUAAAAACAAUUCUUUCUUGUAAGUAGUCAAUCUCAAUGUAAUAUUAGAUAGAAGGGAGAGGUUAUA